AUGAUGCUCGCGGGAGCUGAAAUAGUGGAAAAGGGCAGUGUGGCGUAUAAAGCGGAUGAAGCUGGGAAUUCUGAAGCCGUCAUUUCAUCUGGCCCUUCUCAGAGCCAAGCAAAGGGCUUGGCUCAAGUGCCAACCAAAGAACCUGUUGACAUCCAGUUUACAAACAUCACCUGCACUGUGUCACUCGGGAUCAACAAAGGAAGUAAACAAAUCCUCCAUGGAGUCAACGGGAGACUUCGGCCUAAACAGCUUAUUGCUAUCAUGGGGCCUUCAGGCGCAGGAAAGUCCACAUUGCUAGAUGUGCUCUCCGGUUAUAAGAUCACAGGGGUUGGUGGCGCUAUCUUUAUUAAUGGAAGAGGCAGAGUUAUGAAAAGGUUUAAGAAGAUGUCGUGCUACAUUCAACAAGACGACAGGCUGCAAGGGUUGCUCACUGUUGGCGAGAAUAUGGCUCUCGCCGCCGACCUGAAGCUACCCACAAAAAUGGACAAGUACGAGAAAGGAGAAGUCAUAGAAGAUAUUCUGACGAACUUAGGGCUGUAUGAACACAUGAACACUCGCGGAGGACAACUGUCCGGCGGCCAACGCAAGAGACUUUCCAUUGCAUUAGAACUCAUCAAUAACCCUCUCGUCAUGUUUCUAGAUGAACCUACAACAGGCUUAGACAGUUCAUCGUGUACACAAGUAGUACAGCUUUGUAGGAGCCUCGCUCACCAGGGACGUACAAUCAUAUGCACUGUGCAUCAACCCUCUGCCUCGCUGUUUGCUUUAUUCGACCAAGUGUACGUGUUAGCUGCUGGAAAAUGUUUGUAUCAGGGCACUACGAGACACCUCGUGCCGUAUCUGGAUGAAGCUGGAGUACCUUGUCCCAUAUACCACAAUCCAGCAGAUUACAUUAUAGAGUUAGCGUGUGGUGAAUAUGGUGAUGACAAAAUAAAUAUUUUAAACAAUAAAGCGGAAAAUGGCAAAGCACUGAAUUGGUUCGACGAUUUCGAGAGCAUAGCGACUAUGGAAGCUUUGAGAAAGCAAAUCCCUUUGAGCGUGUUGAGGGAUCAAGAUACAGGGACUGGGGAAGAAGAAACGUCACAAUCGAAUCAAAGAUCUGUACUUAUAAGGAGAGGAUUUUUAAAAGCUAAACGUGACCCAACGAUGACCCACCUCCGACUGGCAGUGAACGUAGUAGUAGGCGUGAUGUUAGGGGCGCUUUUCAUCAACGCGGGCAACGAGGGCUCUAGAGUUUUGGAAAACUACAAUUUACUGUUCGCCAUUCUGAUGCACCAUAUGAUGUCUCCGAUGAUGUUGACUAUUCUCACAUUUCCAUCUGAGAUGUCAAUCUUACUUAAAGAACAUUUCAACAGAUGGUAUUCUCUGGGCUCGUAUUACAUCUCUAUAACAAUUGUAGAUCUGCCCAUAUCGAUAGUGUCAUGUGCGAUAUUUAGUGUGAUAGUGUACACGAUGUCGUCUCAGCCGCUGGACAUCGCGCGGUUCGGGAUGUUCUUUGCGAUCUCCGUGUACACGGUGCUCGUUGCGCAGAGCUUUGGCCUGAUGGUUGGCGCAGUGUUCAAUGUCGUUAACGGCACAUUCCUCGGUCCAACUCUAUCAGUGCCAAUGAUGAUGUUCGCGGGAUUCGGCGUGACGCUACGGGAUCUACCGCCGUAUCUCGCCUGGGGGUCGUACAUCUCUUACUUGAGAUACGGCCUAGAAGGUUAUAUUGGAGCAAUAUAUGGAUUAGACAGACCGACUUUAGAAUGCAAUGAAGCUAAAUACUGCCAUUAUAGAUAUCCCCGUACAUUCCUGAAGGACAUUGCGAUGUCACCCAACAUGUUCUGGUGGGACAUCCUCGCGCUGACUGUCACGCUGCUAGUGUUGCGUACCGCCGCCUUCUUGCUGCUUAAAUGGAAGCUAAGUGCUGUACGA